GGCUCGCGCCCCACCCGGACAUCUUUAAACACUUCCACCACCACCCCGGUGAACGUUACACGGGAAAAACAAAACUGGGAAUGUGAUUUUUUUAAAACAUCAAGUUUACGACUUACCUCGUUAAGUUCUCGUAACAUGGAGCUGGACCGGCGGCUGCUGCUGGCCCACUGCGCGGCUCACGCCCUCUCGAUGGCGGCGGGCUUGCUGGUGGUGGUCCCCAUGGCUCUCAGCGGCUCCGCCUUCAAAGGCCGCUGCGCCCUCUUCUCCAGCGGCUACUGGACGACGGGGGACCGGGGAGAGGUGACCGGGCAGCGGGGAGACGUGUCCUACCUGGUGGUGCCGCAGUGGGGCCCGCCGGCAGCCUGCCAGCUCGCCACCUUCGUGGGUAUCUUCACGGUGCUGUACGGGGCCGCGCAGGGCUGGAGGUCCCUGUUCUAUCUGCACGGACGACAUGACGACACCCUGUUUUCGUCCUUCCUGACGGUGCUGCUGAGCGUGUGUGUCCUCUUCCUGUCUGGUGGGGCCAGUGUGAUCUUGUCUCUGGGACUCGUCUCCUGGUGUGACACCGUGACUGAUCACAACCGACAGCCAUACAGCUGCGCAGAGUCUCAGUCUGUCCCACUUUACCUGGAUGUGAACACCUCCUCGUUCUACACGGAGCUCAGUCUGGCACAGGCUGCUCUGUGGGCUGUGACGGCUCUGUGGCUGGCUCAGUCCAUCCUGGCGUUCCUGCGACUCUACCACUCCCACAGCCAGCACAUCGGUCGCCCGUGUCGUCCCCGAGAGAAGGAGCUGCUGCUGGAACACAGUUUAUCCGACGCGGGCUCCCCAACGCCUCCACAUCCGCCAGCGACACCGACCAUCUCCGUCUAACUGAGAGAGAAGGAGGUUCUUAUAAACGACGUUACACGUAUAAUAAUAUGGGCGUGGCUUGGGACAUCGUAAUUAGUGUAUGUUUCUAUUUUGAUGUGUGUAAUGACAAACCGUGUCGGCGUACAUGUCUGUUGAUAUGUAAUAAGAAACGUCGGUGUAGAAAUGCCAAAGAAAAGUCAUUUAAAAACGGGUUCUUCAUUCUAGAGUUUGUCCUCCAGAGAGCACCGGCCAGGCUGUAUUAUGUAAUGACACAAUGACGUUUGAGCAGCGCCGAAGUCAAUUCCAUUAUACUGCCAUCACAGUCGGCCCCGUCUCACUCGAGCACCACGACUUACAUUUACAGGUGUGGCCUCGUAUAUUUAUUACAUUUGAGUAACAGAGCAUCUGGUUUUCGGAACGAUCGCAAACCGAUUUACAAAAUCUUUUAACUAUUCAGUUUGCUUUAAGAUAAAAAAAUAGAAAUUCAAGUUGUCAGAAAGGAACAACAGAUGGAGCAGCUGUUGAAGAACUGCUCCAAAAAACAUCACUACAAAAUAAGCUAAUUGGAACUUUAUUACUUUGGUUGUGUGAGGGUUUUUUCCUGUCCGUCCCUUUCUGCCAAAAUAAUAUGAAUGUAGCAUUGAAUAUCUCCUUGCUACUUCCAUGUGACGGAAGAAAAAUAUCAAUGCAAUAUUUUGUAUUUCCAACAAAAUGCAUUUGGAUCCGGCAUCAGAUAAAACAUAUCUAAUAUCACACAGCAGACUGAAUAGGUUUUUAUCUAUAGGGUCACAUUAGACUAAUUUCUUCUAUAAAUGCCCCCUGUAAACAACACUCUAGUUUUCAAGGCUUUGCUGGAAUAUGUUUAUUUUUAGCUCCAAUGUAACGCAGAUACACAAGAGCCACUAACUGGGACAAACCUCUACUCUUUGCUGGAACAAAAAGAAUUUUACAGAAUAGUGAAAAGACUCAGAAGCAGAUGUUCAGUCAUCUGGUAACAGUGUUAUUCCGACACUAAUAAUAAUUCUGGUCAUUUGACGGUGACUCAGUGAAUGAAUAUAUUACAGUUUUUUUCCAAGGACUUCACAAGGAACCAGAUGGUGUUUUUCCUUCAGUCCGUUUUUGAUUAUAUUUAAUAUGCAUGGUUGUAUACAUGUCUGCUGGAUAAGGACAUUUUUGCACAGCCGUGUCCUCAUCAGGGAGAAUAGACUUGUGAAGUUGAAACGCAGCACUGAGGCGCUUUUAUUGAGAAGCAUGUGGCGAGAGUGUGGCCGAGUAACCGGCUCACUGUGUGAGCACGAGACAAAUGUUCUAUUGUUCAAGCGACCCAAUCACCGCUGAUCGUCUCUCUCUUCUUGUGAAGAUUGACUUUUAUCAUGAUGCUGUUUGUGUGGAGGCGCCCCCCCCCCCCCCUGUCGGGCGCGGUCAAAUCUUCUGGAAUGACCUGUUUUGAGAGCCUGCAGAGUGUAAAGAGGAGGGAAACCUUCAGGGAUCUGCGGUAGUUGUCAUAUUGAAAGAUAGAUUUGUGCGGAGCCCAUAAGGGGGAAGUGACGAGGAAGGAAGCUACUGACUUUACUGAGUUUUCAAAACAAAUGAUUUAAAGUUAAACCCUCUUCUCGUCGCUCCAAGUGGUUGUGAUGACACACAGACAGCGGAGCAACAAAUCUGAAGUAGAGAGGGAUGAGACAGUGAUGUCAACUAAAAUGAAUUGUAAUAUAUGAUGUGUUUUGUAUUAUAACUGACAGUGGUCUUGCUUUUUACCUGCUAUACUUGUUUGUGCACAUUCAUGUUAUUUUUGCAUCGGUCUUUGCGGUUUGACGAAAUAAAAAGCUUCCCAUUAUGAAUCUAUGUUGUCCAAACUCUAAUUAAAAAAAAAAGAUAUGGAUAUCCUUGU